AUGAUGGAAAGAUUCAAGAAGCUCCAGCCUCCCUCUUUUUCAAGGAUUGGUACAGAUCCACUACAACCCAAGAGAUGGAUUAGCGCAUUGGAAAAAGCUUUCGAAGUGUUAGAAUGUUCGGAUGCACAAAAAUUAAUCUGUGCCAGGUAUCAACUCCAAAAUGAAGCCGAAGCUUGGUGGAAGUCGACCAAGCCCAAUUUGAUGAUGACUCAUCCCAAUCCGACUUGGGAUCAAUUUAAAGAAGUUUUCUUCGGGAAUUUCUUCCCAACAAGUUUCAGAGAUGGAAAGGAAGCAGAGUUUGUGGCCCUCACCCAAGAGUCAAAGUUAGUACUUGAUUAUCAACAACAAUUCGAGGACUUGUUCCACUUUGCCCCAGAACACAUAAGGACUGAAGCAUGCAAAUCAAAGAAGUUCGAGAAGGGACUCAAGCCUGAUAUUGGUGCAAUAUUGGUUGUUCAUGACAUCCAAUCAUAUGCACAAAUGGUUGGGAAAGCCAAGACUACGGAAGAUCGACUGAAGGAGAAGACUCUGAUAUCACAGGGAUCGGGAAAAAGGGCUAAUACCUUCCAAAACUACAAUUGGCCCAACAAGACAUUCAAGGGAUCUGGUUACAACUCUAACCCGACACAGUAUCGUAGGCCGGAAGUGAAUCAAGCUUCUCAAUCUACUCAGCCCUUAACCAGUCAAUCCACUCGAUACAACCACCUUACCGUAAGCCAAGCUACAAUAGCAGCCCAACCUCCUCGACCAAUUGCAAAUUAG